AUGUUCGAUCUUACAAUAGUUUUGGUGGCAUCUGCCAUUUUUACCUUCAUUUACCUGUGGUUUAUGCGCCCGAGUGUCAACCUACCUCCCUGCCCCACCCGCCCCUUACCGUUCCUAGGACAUUUACUCACACUGGAGGACAACCCAAGGUCACAGUUCAAGAAAUGGCACCAGGAAUUGGGAGAUAUUUACAGCCUCUGCAUGGGCAGUAAACUUGUGGUUGUUGUGUGUGGCUAUGACCUGAUUAAGGAACUUCUGCUCAAGAGGGGGGAUGAGUUCUCACAUCGUCCACUGCUGGCCAUAGACCAGGCAACUCCGUAUCCGCAGAAGGGGCUCAUUUUUAAUAACUGUCAAAACUGGAAAGAGCAUCGAGCCUUAUCUCUACAGAUCCUCCGAGAUUUCGGCAUGGGCAAAAACGUGCUCGCUCGUGCUAUCCAGGAGGAGGUUGGUCAUUUCCUGGACCUGUUGGCCGAACAAAGAGGAGAGCCGACGGACAUCCGGGUCAUGACAAACGUCAGCAUCGCCAACGUCAUCAGCUCCAUCGUCUCCGGGCACAGGUUCGACUACGAUGACGAGAAAUUCAGAAAUUUGGUGACGAAUCUGGCCGAGAUUUUUGAAGACCAACACUUUAACGCGGUGUUAAACUUCAUACCCGUGCUACGCUACCUACCAGGUGAUUUGUUUCACAUUAAAAAACUUAAAGAAAUUAUUUCAGACAUUUAUAAUUUUCACAGCAAGUUUGUUAACGAAACAUGGGCGAGCAUGGAAGAGGACGACAAAAACGUGAGGGAGAGUUUCAUCUCUGCGUACAUGUCCGAGCUGAAGUCAAAGAUAAGAAACGGUGAACCCACGUAUCUGAACAAGGAAAGUCUCUUGAAGACAAUCAACGAUCUGUUCGGUGCUGGGACCGAAACAACGAACACCACCAUAAUGUGGUGUUUCUUGUAUGUCUUGCAUCAUCCUGAGGUUCAGGAGAAAAUUUACAACGAGCUGCAGGAGAACGUUGGUACAGGGAGAUCCCCGUGUAUUUCUGAUAAACCAAACCUGACUUACCUAAACGCGUUCAUUAAAGAAUCUCAAAGACUGGCUAGCGUUACACCUCAGGGUGUUACCCACACCUGUCCUCGUGACGUCAUCGUCCGAGGCUACACCAUCCCUAAAGGAACUUACAUCUCACCCAACCUGGACUCUGUCUUACACGACCCUAAGAUCUGGGGCGAUGACGUCAUGGAGUUUAAACCUGAAAGAUUCAUAGACCAAGACGGGAAGUUAAAAACUCCUGAAGAGUUCAUCCCCUUCUCGAUAGGUCGUCGUGUCUGUUUGGGCGAGUCCCUGGCUGUCAUGGAGUUGUUCCUGUACCUCUCAUCAAUCUUCCACAGGUUUGAGAUUCUACCAGCAACUCCAGGCUCGCCACCUCCAAUCAAAUACAAGUUUGGUUUUACAGUUUCACCUGCCCUUUUUCAGCUCAGAGCUAUUGAAAGAACAACACAUGAAACGUAA